CGCUAGUUACCCCCUUCUCUAUCGUAUCGUCAUCUAUAGUUUCCAUAAAUCAACGGCUCUUCUGUAGCGUUACUGUGUUUGAUGCGACAAAGCGCCUGAGAGUCGUCAGAUCUGGUGGAUGGCCGAUCAAAAUACAUUUGAACGGCUGAGAUAAUUUCGUUGACUUGAAAAUCGGAAAAGUGGAGAGGAGAGUCCCUUCGCUCAAGCUCUCCUUCUCUCCUAAUCCUUUAAAGCGGCCACUGGAGGUCCCGAAGAACCAUUUAAAGGCUACUGUCAUGGAGUGAAUUUUAUUGUGGGCGAGUGAUGAUUUGAUUCUUCUGCUUGUUAUCAUCGAUCGAUUUGUAGAUCUCUAGAGUGGUGUGAGAAAGAUACUUUUGGGAGACAAAAAAGUGUAACGUAGACAAAGAACAUGGAAACAGGAGAGGAUGAUCUGUGUCAGAACAAUUGGGGAAGUGCUUCCAUCUUGGAUUACGAGAUGGCUAUGGAGGAGAAGGAGGAGCCUAAUUUGCAUGUUUUCAAAGCUUCUUCUUCGGGCAAAGACAACAACAACAACAACGGUGGUCAAGCUAGUGUGCAAGGCGUCAAGGCUCAAGCGUGGGAUCCGAGGACCAUGCUGUGCAACCUGUCUUUUAUGGAACAGAAGAUUCACGAACUGCAGGGUCUUGUUCACCUCAUCCUUAGCCGAAACGGGCAGCUUCAAGACGAGCAGCAGCAACUCAUAACCGCUGAUCUUACUUCCAUAAUCAUACAGCUGAUUUCAACUGCAGGUAGUCUUCUUCCAUCUGUUAAUAUGUUGUCUACUACAGCCCCAGGUUCAGCCUUGUUCCCUUUUCCAAGGGAGGCUAAUAACCUUGCUUCACAGACCCUUAACAACGGUGGCGCCUCCCAAGAGCUCGAAGAUGAUGCCGAGGAAGGAGAGAACCUUCCUCCCGGUUCCUACGAGAUUAAGCAGCUUGAGAAAGAGGAGAUCCUCGCACCCCAUACCAACUUCUGCACUAUAUGUGGCAAGGGUUUCAAGAGAGACGCCAACCUGAGGAUGCACAUGAGAGGGCACGGUGACCAGUACAAAACUCCCGCCGCUCUGGCCAAGCCCCCGACCAAAGAAACCCUACCCGUGUCUGAUGAGCCGAUGCUGAUCAAAAGGUACUCUUGCCCAUUCCCCGGCUGCAAACGCAACAAGGAUCACAAAAGGUUCCAGCCUUUGAAGACCAUUCUGUGCGUGAAGAACCAUUAUAAACGCACCCACUGCGACAAAAGCUUCACUUGCAGCCGCUGCCAUACCAAGAAAUUCUCUGUCAUUGCCGAUCUCAAAACCCACGAGAAGCACUGCGGUCAAAACAAGUGGCUCUGUUCCUGUGGUACCACAUUCUCACGCAAAGACAAGCUGUUCGGUCACAUUGCUCUGUUCCAGGGACACACUCCUGCGAUCCCACUUGAAGACACAAAACCUUCGGCUGCUGCAUCUUCUCAGAGAGGGAGCUCUGGUUGCGGGAACAAUAACAACAACGCAGCAAUGGUUAGUUUCAGUCUUGGUUCUGCAGCAAAUGCUAAUCAAGAAACCUCACAGCCUUGUUUCAUGGAUGGGAAGAUAAGCUUCGAGGAGUCUUUCUCACCGCUGAGCUUUGAUACAUGCAACUUUGGAGGGUUUCCUCGAUCUAUAUUUGAUGAUUCAUUUCAAAUGCUUAUUUCAAGUGCAUGUGGUUGCUCGCCCAUCAAUGGUGGUGUUGGCUCUGUUUCGGAUACUAGUCUCUAAAGGCAUUUUCAAUAUAUGAUUAAGCUAUUUUGUUAGAUGUUCUAGUUUUUUUUAGCCUUAGGCAGCUCCUUUGUGCCGUUAGUUUUGUUAUUUUCUAGAAUAAUAUCAGGUAGCAAAAGUGUAUUCGCUUUUCCUAAAAUCUGUUGCUAAUGUAAAAAAGUUAGAUUCUUUUUGUUA